AUGUCGUCCGUCUUAGGCCGGCUGCCUGCUCUCAUCACAAUUCUAUUCUUGGCACUUGCCGUCAGUCAAGCCUUAUGCUUCAUUGCGGCAGAUGAUGAUUCCGAGGCCGAUCUGACCCGGUACAUGGCAAUACGGAGCGAUCCCGUCCCCGGUACACCCGCUUUACUCGGUCUUACGGAGCAUAUCUUCGGCGUUGGAAGACGGGACUGCCUCGCGAAUGGGACAAACUUUUGCUUCGACAAUAAUGUCGAUUCAUGUUCCGGUUGUGGGAAUUGCUGUCGUGACGGUGAUCGAAAGUACUGUUGUGCCGCUGGACGACCAUGUUGUGGAUCGGGAUGCUGUUUGGCUGGCCAGAUAUGUUCUCCCAAGGGGGGUUGCGUCUCGUCCGUGGAGACGGUGACGAUUACCAAGACUAUCUUCGAAACCACCACCCGAAUCGCAACACAGCGAGCUACCAUCCUUGUGGUCAAGAUCGAGUCUUCCACCGUUGUAUCGACAGUUGAUGUGACUGUCUCGAGCGCUGACACCCAGACCAACAUCGUCUGGAAGACUGUGACCGUCACUGCUCCUCCAGCCAAACGAUCUGCUGUGCUGCUGGAAGUGCCGCAUUCUAACAGAAACAACCAUCCGUUCAAGGUUCCGUCCAUCACCAGGCUCUUCAUCUCUCUGGUGCUUGAGAAAAACUCUUCAGGCAGUAGAAACAAACGGCGAGGAGGCGUUGGCGGACUUAUACCGAGACAAAAUCCUUCAACGAGCACCAUCACCAAGUUUGUCACAGAAAUCGCCGACGUCGUUAGCACGACCUCGACGACUGUCAUGGCUCAGACAACGUCAACCUUCGUGACGACAGUCUUUCAAACAAACACUCGUCUAAUCCUCCCACCCCUUAUAACUUCUACCGAUGUUUCUUCUACACCAUCCACAUCUUCAUCACCAACCACCACCUCCACCCCAGCACCCUCUCAGUCCCUCCCCACAACAACAAUAGCAGGCAUCGCAGCCGGCACCAGCGUCCUAGCCCUCGUUCUUGCGGGUCUAGUCAUCUUUUUCAUCCGCCGCCGCCGCUACCAAACCCAACGCCCAGCUUCGGCCCUCUUCCCCUUUGACCCCAAUGAUCCCGAGCAUGACUACCAAAAGACGAUUCCCACGACAACCGUCACAGCGGAACCGACUCUACCGAAGAUAUUACCUCACUUUGCCCCAGCAGCACCGGCUCAUCACCACUCCCAGCCACCUGCUCUGACGCCAGCGUAUCAAUCUCCGCCGCAGGACCAGCAGCAGCAGCACAGGAGGAACAGCUCGGGGUUCACGACGCUGGUGGGGACGCCGCCUGGGAGCACGGGGUUCACGACGCUGGUGGGGACGCCGCCUGGGAGCACGGGGAGUAGUAGUGCUGUUCUUGCCAAGGGUAAGGCAAAGGAGUACAGAAAAUCAGGCUCGUCGUCGUCACCGCCGCCGAUUGCUGAGGUUCAGGGGAGUGAGGUGCCUGUUGAGGGGGCGGUGGAGGUAGAGGGGAGUCCAGUUGGUUGUUCUGGGUCUGGAUCGAGGAAUUGGGGGGGAAGGGGGUCGAUGGGUUGA